UGAAAUUUAAACAGAGGUACGGGGCUGACAGAUCACUGCUGCCUUUGCUGUCCGCUUGGCUCGCAGCGAGUGAGGAAGAUCGGGAUCAACUUCACGGGACGAUGUGUGCUGACAGGAUGGUGAUGACGGACCUGUUGAAAGCGGAGGAGAUCAAGAAAGCGCUUGAUGCCUUUGCAGCAGAGACGUUCGACCCGAAAAAGUUCUUCGACUUGGUGGGAAUGACGGCAAUGUCGGCCGAGAGCGUCAAACAGGUCUUCCGGGUUCUGGAUGUGGACGGAAGUGGCUUCAUCGAAGAGGAGGAACUCAAGUUUGUUCUGAAGGGCUUCUCAGAGGACGGCAGGGACUUGACAGACGAUGAAACAAGAGUGUUCCUCAAAGCCGCAGACAAAGACGGGGACGGCAAGAUCGGCAUUGACGAGUUUGAAGCGAUGGUGCAUGAGUAGGAGACAGCGGGACGUCCUCCUAUUUCUCCACCUCCCUGAAUUCAUAGUUUGUACCUGCCACCAUCAAACUUCUCUCACAUCCCCGGGGGGAACCUACGCAUGGAGUGGGACUGGCCUGACCGCUCACCCACGACACCAGGCAGCAUCCUACAGGAGGUGUUACCAGAUUUGGGUUUCAUGUUUUUUUUGUUCGGUAUCAAAUGUACUUCUGUAUCGGGUAACAAUCAUUCUUGAUGAGCUCAUAAAGAUAGCUUGGUGCUAGUGCUGUUGUA